UACAGGAGAUGACCAGAGAUUACGGACACAGUACAGGAGAUGACCAGAGACUGCGGACAUAGUACAGGAGAUACAGAGACUGCGGACAUAGUACAGGAAAUGACCAGAGACUGCGGACACAGUACAGGAGAUGACCAGAGACUGCGGACAUACUACAGGAGAUGACCAGAGACUGCGGACAUAGUACAGGAGAUGACCAGAGACUGCAGACAGUACAGGAGAUGACCAAAGACUGCGGACACAGUACAGGAGAUGACCAGAGACUGCAGACAAUACAGGGGAUGAUCAGAGACUGCAGACAGUACAGG